AUGAUCGAGGAUAAAGUUAUCGUCUGUCAAAGUUAUUUUACUAUCUUUUAUGUGACGACGAAUUUUUUUUUACAGAUCGAUCUUUUAUAAUUUCGGGCAAAGUAAUAGAUGAGGUAAUCAACUCUCCGAUUUAUGCUCGAUUCGAUGUAACUCGUCAUUACGUAUAGUAGAUUUCAUAACAUUUUUGCUUCUCGAUUUAUCUACAAGCAAACAAACAAAAGAAGUGCCAUUUUUCCAGAAACUGUGUAACUUUUGACAUUUAAUUGGUCUCUUAAAAUUAGACCAUUCGUAAAAUGUACAUUUGUUUGAAAGAACACAGGAAUAAACUACUAUAAUUGUAAUAAUAACAGGAUGUGCUAGAUUUCGUGACAUUUUUGCUGCUCGACCUAUCUAUAAGCAAACAAACAAAAAAAGUGCUAUUUUUCCAGAAACUGUGCGUCCUCAAUUAACGCUUAAAAUAAUCGUUCUUCUUUAAAUAUCUCAAUUUCGCAGAUAUAUAUAUUUAAUGAUAUAUAUAUUUAAUGAAGAACGAUUAUUUUAAGCGUUAGUUGAAGACGCAAUUUCUGGAGAAAUAGCUCUAUAUAUAUAAACUUUUGUGACUAUCAGUUGAUCUGUGGUCGUUCGUUUCUCAGCCAAUUUAAAUUUGCCAAGUUGCAGCGGUAAUUGAAUGCGUCGCGCGAGUCGCGAUAUCACUCGCAGUUUCUAUUUCCUAUCGCGCGGGAAAGAUCCUGCCAGACUUUUCGAAUUUCAAUUAAGCAGUUAACCACGAUUAAACGGAACGACGUACGCCGUACGCGGAGAUUAUCGGGCGGAAAGUGUUAAGCGGUUUCUUCUUUCAUUCAUUGCUUUUUCUUUUUUCUUUUUUUUUUUUUUUUUUUAAUGGCAAGCAAUAACAAUGUUUUAAUUAAACUCGUUCGCAGGCGAAAGAGCAGGAGGCACGCGCAGGCCGGACGACACCCAGGCUUUAAGGCCUUUUCGAUCGACCGGGGAUUUAAGGGCGCAAUUAAUGACAUUCGAUUUGAUUUCCAUCGUUCUCGCCUGUUUUCCCGUGUUCCAGGAACGCCUGUCACGAUUCUUGGACGCAGCUACGACUGUCGCCGAUGUUCGGCUGCAUCUGUCCGAACAACCACAUGAAAAGACGCUGCGACAGAAUUUUCUCGAUGAGUUCCUGCCCUCUUCCACCUCCAUAGACCUGUCGGGCACGGACUCGGCCCUGUAUCCGUUCGACCCGCAGCAGGAGAGCUACCAGGAGAUCUGGUUACCACCGACCAGUAUGUACCCCUAUUUUCUGUUCCCCGGGGCCGCGCGCACCUCGUACUACGACCACGAGAGCACGUACGACGUCCAGGAGCCGGGACAGAGGCGUCAGCACGGCCACCGUCAUCAGCACGGCCGCCAUCAGGAAGCACCGGAGUUGCCUGGCAGGCCCGGUGUCCUCGUGGUCGAAACGUACGAUCCUCGUGCCGAUCACGAGAACCGGCAGGAGGCUCGUGCU